UUAAUUCGGAGCAGUGCAGAGGAGGAAGAGGUGGAAGACAAGAAGAGGAGGUGCAGCAGCAGCCGCAGGAUUGUGUCGCUGAAUGAACGCUUUUGCGUUUUGCAUGUGAAAAUAUCACCGUGGAGGCGAAUUGCUAUUGGAGCGUGCAGCGUUUGUGCAUGAAGAAGCGGGAGGAAGAAACGAUGAAGAUGCCCGAGGAAGUAGCGGGUGGAAAUGGUCAAGAUGGCAGCGGAGUGACGUGUUAAAUGCUUCUGGGUGCUUGCAGAGGAACGCCAAGCCGAAAUCCCCCUGCUUUUCUUUUCCGAGUCCACGAGGAAAAGCCACCGCGAUGUCUCCGUAGCAUGCAUUCCGGCAAAUAGAUCCCCCCCCCACCCCUCCGCCCCCCACACAUUGAUGGAAUGCGCCCCGAGUGACUUCCCGACCCACUCAUCGCCCACCGUGACAUGGCCGAGGCCAACGAGCCGAACGUGGAAAUCGACCCGGACUUCGAGCCCCAGAAGCGGCCGCGCUCUUGCACUUGGCCGCUUCCACGUCCGGAGCUCGGCGCGGCGGGCAAAGCGGGGGCGAACGACGCCGAUGUCAUCCCCGAGGAAGAGGAUGACGACGAAGAGGGAGGAGGAGGUGGGGCAGGGGGAGGAGGUGGCAGUGCGCCCCGGGAGGCUACCGGGUCUCUCACGCCGAGCCCGCUCACUCCCUCCGGCCUCCGCCUUGCCUCGCAGCCCCGCACCGAGGACACCGCGGACGGCUCGCUGUCCUCGGCGCAGUUGACGCCGCCGGCGGCGGCCACCACGGCCUCGCAGCAGCUGCGGAAGUCGUCGGCUCGCCGCAACGCCUGGGGAAACUACUCGUACGCGGACCUCAUCACGCAGGCCAUCGAGUCGUCCCCCGAGAAGAGACUCACCUUGUCGCAGAUCUACGACUGGAUGGUCCGCUCCGUGCCCUACUUCAAGGACAAGGGCGACAGCAACAGCUCGGCUGGAUGGAAGAAUUCCAUCCGGCACAAUCUGUCCCUGCAUAGCCGCUUCGUUAAGGUCCAGAACGAAGGGACCGGGAAGAGCUCGUGGUGGAUGGUCAACCCUGACGGCGGCAAAGGUGGCAAGGCGCCGCGUCGCCGCGCCGUCUCCAUGGACAACAGCAAAUACAUCAAAGGCGCCCGAGGCCGUGCCACCAAGAAAAAAGCUUCCCUGCAGGCCGCCCAGGACGGCAGCUCCGAGAGCUCGUCCAGCCUCUCCAAGUGGACCGGCAGCCCCACGUCGCGCAGCAGUGACGAGCUGGACGCCUGGACCGACUUCCGCUCGCGCACCAACUCCAACGCCAGCACCUUGAGCGGGCGCUUGUCGCCCAUCCUCGCCAACCUGGAGCUGGACGAGGUGCCCCCGGACGACACGCCGUUGUCCCCCAUGCUGUACUCCAGCCCGAGCAGCAUGUCGCCGUCCGCCGGGCCCACCGGCCUCCCCGACCUGGCGGGCACUAUGAACCUCAACGACGGGCUGUCCGACAACCUGAUGGACGACCUUCUGGACAAUAUCAGCCUGGCGUCCCAGCAGCCUCCUCCCGAUGAGGGUGAGGACGACGACAAAGACCAGGCGGGCGCCGUCUUCACCUUCGGCAGUCCCGUCGGCAGCUACGUCCCCACGCCGCUUUUCAGCCCCACGUCAAUCACCAGCCUGCGCCAGUCGCCCAUGCAGACCAUCCAGGAGAACAAGCAGACCACCUUCUCCUGCCCGGCGCACCUCACCCUGCAGGACCUCCUCAGCCUGGAUUCCGGCAACGUCCUGCUCACCCAGUCCGACCCGCUCAUGUCGCAGGCCAGCACCGCCGUGGCCCUGCAGAACUCGCGCCGCAAUACGCUGCUUCUGCGCAAAGACCACGUCUCCUCCACCAACCACACCGCCGUCCAGGCACAAGUUUCAUCUGUUCUUGGGGGAAAUGGUCUCAAGUCUCCCGGCAAAACCUCCCCGGCCUUGCCCGGCCAGGACCCCUUCCCCGGCCCCGCCACCUCUGACCUGGAACUAGAGGGGUUCAACGGCGCACUGGAGUGCGACAUGGACUCGAUCAUCCGCAACGAGCUGAUGGAGGCCGACUGCCUGGACCUGAGUUUUGACGCCGCCCACAACGCCAACGUGAACCCGGGGGGCUUCAAGCAGACGUCACCGCAGAGCUGGGUCCAGAGCUGAGGCGCUCAGAACGAGGCGGGAAUCAGACUCCACUAGCGGGAAAAGAAAGCGUGUUCAAGUGUAUUUAUGUCAGCUUAGUUUUCCAUUCUAUUUAAUUUGAGGUGUGAUGGGAAAGAAAUGAGAUAAGGUCGCUGCCCACACACUUUGCGUUAAAAAUAGGACAGGACACCAAUUGGUGGGGAUCGUCGUGAGAAAUCUUGUUCCUUUCUCAUCACACCUCAUACGUUUUGGGUACUGUACUCUUAAAAAAAAAAAAAAAGAUCAAUGAACCUGAGCGAUGUA